AUUUAUCAGCCACUGAACAAGGAGUCCCGAUAAACUUUUAUAGGUAAGCAUGCACUUUUCUUGACCAAUACGUUUGCUCGUCAGAGCUGUUUGUUUGUUGCCUUAGCUCCCGUAGCCGACGGGCAAGUGCUCUCCGCACAGAGCCCCCGGCCGCUCAAGCUUAAGCCGAUACCGAGGUCCGCGAGCUCUGCGAGUAUAGUGCCCGGAGGCGCCGCUCUCCAAAACGAGGCUCGGUUCGCUGUUAGGGCGAAUCAAAUACUUGACAUGUAUUCAUCUUCACAAGAACUUUUAGCUCAACCGGAAGCCUCGACGUCUCAUGAUAGCCAAUCAGCUACUCUGAGUCUUUCAUUCAAUUUGACAGAAACACGAUCCUUAAGAUCCACAUCUGUCUCAUCGGUGAGAUCCGCAGACACAAUGUCGAGCGCCUCAACACAGGCCACGGCCGCUUCGGUGCAGGAAGAGCAUGACUAUUUUGUGUCGAAUCCUGCACCAAAAGCACUCGCAAACCAUGUUGCGUUGGCGCGGGAGUUCAUCAAUUACCACGCGGAAGGAAGCCGACGUGUUGUGUUGAUCACCUCCGGCGGCACCACCGUACCCCUGGAGAAGCAAACGGUGCGGUUCAUCGACAACUUCAGCGCUGGAACCCGAGGCGCAACUUCUGCUGAGUAUUUUCUCGAAGCCGGAUACGCAGUCAUCUUUCUCCACCGCCAGUUCUCACUGCUGCCGUACAGUAGGCACUACAGCCAUGCCACGGACUGCUUCUUGGACUUCAUGUUCGAGGGCGAAAACGGGAGUGUCGUCGCCAACCCCGAGCAUCAGGAAAAGAUGUUCAGGGUGUUGCGCAAGUACAACUCGGCCAAGAAGAACCGCAUGCUCUUGAUGCUGCCCUUUGUGACAAUCACCGACUACCUGCAUGAGCUGCGCUCCAUAGCACAGCUCAUGCGCCCCCUCGGGCCGGGCGGGCUUUUGUAUCUUGCUGCUGCCGUCUCGGACUUCUUCGUCCCCCCGGAUCGCAUGUCGGAGCACAAGAUCCAAAGUACCACCGCGACGGACAGUCUAAAACAGGGGUCCACGACGACCAAGAAGCAACCCCAGGAGGCCGAGGAGGCCUUUGACAACUUCGACUCGUUGCCGAGCGCGCCGCGCAGCAAGCAGCUGCUCAUUAACCUGGACCCGGUGCCCAAGUUCCUCAAGAACCUCGUCGACGGCUGGGCGCCCGAGUGCAUGAUCGUCUCGUUCAAGCUGGAGACGGACCCGGGCAUCCUCGUGCACAAGGCCAAGUACUCGCUGGACCGGUACCAGCACCACCUCGUCAUCGGCAACCUGCUCACGACGCGCAAGUGGGAGGUCGUCUUCGUCGCGCCGGGGCGGCCGGACAGGUGGGUGCGCGUCCCGCGGACGCGCCGACGCAAGUCCGCCAGCGGCAACGAGGGCCUCGUCGGCGCCGCCGACACCGAGUGGGUCCAGGACCGGCCCAUGGACCCGGCCACCCUCCCCGAGGGCGAGCCCGGGAUGGAGAUCGAGAGCCUCAUCAUCCCGGCGGUGCAGGAGCUGCAUGAUAGACAUGUGGAGGAAUCGAGAAAGGGGGCGGCACAGCGAUAAGAGGGGGAAAGAAAAGAAAGAAAAAAAAUGAGAAGAAGAAAAAGGGGGAUAAUAGACCUAGACAUGCCGAAUGCGAAUGAUAGUCUGACUGUUGAAUUCUACAACGCGACUAAUGCAGGUCCUCUGUACCACCCGCUGAAAGCUUAUGCAUGUCAUUCUCCACCGUGGCCAUGCUGGAGACGUCUUCAUCCGGUCUUCCAUC